UUACAGCAGGACUGCGGCGGGCAUUCUGACACUGGGGGGGGGGGGGGGUAGACACUGACCAUCACUGACAUCCCCAGUGACACUAAUACAGUGAUCAGUGCUAAUAAAGAGCACUGACACUAUACUAAUGACACUGGGCAGGAAGGGGUUAACCUCUGGGAUGAUCAAAGAGUUAACUUUGCGUUUUACUGUGUGCUGUGCUUUACUAUGGUUAACUGUGUGCGUGCUUUACUGUAAGGACACUGCUUUGCAUGGCUGUGCACAGCCAAGCAAAGCAGUGUGCAGGAGCUGUCAGGGGAGAGAACUGUUUUGUUUA